AUGCUGGUUCGGAGAGCAUGGACGAGCCUCAACCCGCGCAACCCUGGGUUCGUACUGGGUACGGUCGUCCUCGGGGCGCUCAUCGUCAGGCGAUAUCGCCUGCGAUCGUUCAAGGCGGAAAUGGCUGUGCGACGCAAGUUCUGGGCGAAUCUCAUGGCGACGGCGCUCACGUACGACGAGUGGGCGCACGCCGCGGCGAUGCUCGAGAA